GGUGAAUACUCGUAUGAUUUUUAUAUACAAGUUCCCCGUAUCUCCUUUGUCUUUUUUGUUUCUUUUGCUCGUGAAUUGGAAAUGACAAAUUCAACAUCAAAAACGGCAUCUGUUAAUUAUUUUUGUGAUAUUUGUUUGAAAGAAUUACGUAAAUAUCGAUGCCCGAAAUGUUCAUAUCGAACGUGUUCACUAAUUUGCUCAAAAUUACAUAAAGAAAAACUUAACCAACAAUCAUCGGAUUUAUGUUAUACACCAGUUCAACGAUAUUUAUUGAAUAACGCUCGUAGGCGACGCAUUUGGCUUACAAUUACAGCAAACAAGGAAUCACGUCAUGAGCAAUUUUCUGACACCAUAUUUUGGUCAAUAUUGUUAAUAUUUCGUCGUGAAAUCAAUAAAGAUGGUGAAAAAGGCGUUGUUGACUAUAAUUUUUCAGUGAAUAAUAUUCCAGAAAGUAUUUCACUAAAAACUCUGAUACGACAAUUCAUCAAACCAAAAAAAAUCGGUCCAGUAGUAAACAAAGAUGAACUGGAUGAAGAAAAGUUAUUACCAUUUCAGGAUGCAGGUAUGGAUAGAUUGAUGAUAUAUAUGCCUGUGCCAAUCUCGAUUCUUGAUAAUUUAAGAAAUCGAUUUAUUAUAGAUCAUCCUACGUUUAUUAUAACAUUAGAUGAUCAAUUUAAUGAUUAUGUUAUGCUAAGUGAACAAGAGUCUCAAGAAAUGCGAGAAAAACAAAGACAACAGGAACGGAAUAAUGAUUUUAAUCGUGGUCGAUUUGGUCAUGUUAGUUCAGUUUUUUGUAUUGCAAGUAAAAUUUUUUGUUUGAUAAUAUCCUUCUCUUAUUUUUUCAUUUAUCCAUUGAUUCCACUAUUUUUUCAGUUCUUCGGUGGUCGUAGGGGCUUUCGAAAUGGGUGUAAAGCGCAAGGGAAUAAAGGGAAAGCUAUUUCACAUGAAUCUGGUCGGAAAAGGUUUCACGAAGAUGAAAAUUUGCAUCAAAACCGAAAUUCAUGGAAGCGUAAUCGGCGAAUUGAUCGACGAACCGAGUCAGGGAAAUAUUAUGGCCAUGGAUGGUAA